AUGGUUUCUCAAUUAUUCGAAGAAAAGGCUAAAGCUGUCAAUGAAUUGCCAUCAACUCCAAAUAACGAUGAAUUGUUGAAAUUGUAUGCUCUAUACAAGCAAGCAACCGUCGGUGACAACACCAAGGAAAAACCAGGCAUGUUCAACUUGAAGGACCGUUACAAGUGGGACGCCUGGGAAUUGUUGAAGGGCACUUCCCAAGAAGAUGCCGAACAACAGUACAUCGAAUUGGUUGACCAAUUGAUCAAGAAAUACGCCCCAUAG